AUGUCCCGGCGACAUCGCGUUGUGGUCAUCGGCGGGGGCUUUGGCGGUCUGCAUGUCGUUCGCGGGCUGCGGAAAGCACCGGUCGACAUCACGUUGGUCGAUCGACGCAACUACCAUUUGUUCCAGCCAUUGCUCUACCAGGUAGCCACCGGAGGGCUUUCACCGGCCAACAUUGCCGGCCCCAUGCGAUCCAUUCUUCGUCGACAGCAGAACGUGACCGUACUGCUGGAAGAAUUGCUCGACUUCGACCCGACGAACAAAGAGAUUGUCACCAACGAAGGUCGCAUCGAGUACGACACCCUCGUGGUGGCCGCCGGCGUAACGCAUAGCUACUUCGGUCACGAUGAAUGGGAAUCAAUCGCCCCAGGUCUGAAGACGAUUGACGAUGCGACUGCCAUUCGCGGGCGCAUUCUCUCGGCGUUCGAGCAAGCUGAAGCCGAACGCGAUCCGGAACUGCGCAAGCAGCAUCUCACAUUUGUCAUCGUCGGAGCCGGCCCAACCGGGGUUGAACUGGCCGGUGCCCUGGCCGAGCUCUCGAGGCACUCGUUGAAGCACGACUUUCGCAAUAUCAACCCGUCCGAUGCUCGGAUUAUCGUUGUCGAUGCCGCUCCCGGGGUCCUUACCACCUACCCUGAAGAAUUAUCUAGCAAGGCAUGCGGCUUCCUGAAACGCCUGGGUGUGGAAGUCCACACUUCGGCCAUGGUCACCGACCUGCAGCCGGGCCAAGUCACGCUGAAGAAGGACGACACCACUGAGGUAAUCAAAGCAGCAACCGUGCUUUGGGCUGCCGGAGUGCAAUCGACCCCGCUGGCUGCCAAGCUGGCAAAGGCCACUGGGGCCCAGACCGAUCGUGCUGGCAGGCUACAUGUGGAGCCCAAUCUUUCUCUGUCGGGCCACGAGAAUAUCUUUGUGAUUGGCGACAUGGCCAAUUGCACAGGUCCAGAUGAUAAACCGCUGCCGGGUGUGGCCCCCGUAGCAAUUCAGCAGGGAGAUUAUGUCGCCAAGCUGAUACAACGGCGGCUCGAGGGGAAGAACCUACCGCCGUUCGCGUACCACAACCGAGGAAACAUGGCCACCGUAGGGCGAGCUGCGGCCAUUGCAGAGAUCGGUCGCUUCCGCUUCGCCGGGUUCGUGGCCUGGCUGCUGUGGCUGUUCGUGCACCUGAUGCAGAUCGUGCAAUUCCAAAAUCGCCUGCUGGUGCUAAUCCAAUGGUCGUGGCGUUAUUUCACGCAUAGCCGGCCCGCGCGGCUCAUCACAGUCGAAGCAGGCCGUCGCCAAGCGUCGCAUGACGCCGAGGUCUAA